CCAUUCCAGACUUCAAAGUCAUCUCUGUAACUAAUUGCCUCGAUUUUUCUUCUAGCCGUUUCUUUUGUCGUUAGCAACGGCCAACGGCUAUCGGCAAAAUGCGCAUCCUUGGCCCGAAUUGACUUUGCAUGGCGUCCUUCGAUCGAAAGUCUACGAAGCCGAAUCCACACUUAAACAAACUUCCUCACACUGGCUGCCUCGAUGCUUAACCACGUAUUUCACGCUAUGAACUCGCUACGAACACAGUGUAAGGGAGUGACACGUCCUGAUCUUUCUUUUAUCCCGCGAGUGGCGUGUUAGACUUUUUAUCGACGACUGAUCGGGAAACUGAUGAGGGCACAUCAACAACUGACGGGCCGACGGAGUGACUUGAGAUGGACCUAUGUUGCCACUGGUUUGCUCAGUGCAUUCGUAAGUGCCCUUGUAUUCUUGGAGUAACUAUGCAAGUUGAGUGAAGAGUCUGCCUCGAUCGGGCCUCGAAUUGGCUCGGAUGCGUGCGUGUGUGCGUGUACCUGCAUGAGUACGUAGAAGCAUUCAUCUUCGACGUGUCUUCGAUCUAGUUGUGGUUCACCUUCUUAAGACAAUCUCAUUUCCGUCUCUCUUCUCUUUCCUGUCCCUCUUCCAUAUUCCUUUCUUGUACUUUUCUCUCUUUCCUAAGGACAUACUCUCGUUACUAUAGUCCAGAGUUUCUUGUAUUUGCGUUACACUAUUGCCAUACUAUCAGUCACAAUGCCUUCCAUCAACAGUCUCCUCACAAUGGCCCUCGCAGGCUCGGCCAGCGCUGCGUUCCAGGGUUUCAACUAUGGCGCGACCUUCACAGAUGGCAGAGUGAAGGCUCAGUCCGAUUUUGAGAACGAGUUCAAGACCGCCGCUGGCCUCGAGGGCACCAGUGGUGCCUUCACCAGCGCUCGCCUCUACACCAUGAUCCAGGGUGGCUCAAUCAACCAGCCCAUCUCUGCUAUUCCUGCUGCUAUCAAGACCAAGACCAGCCUGCUCUUUGGUCUCUGGGCUUCUGGUGACGGCUUCGCCAACGAGAUCGCCGCUCUUAAGAACACUGUCGAUCAAUACUGUGGACAACUCGAUGACCUUGUCGCUGGUAUUUCUGUUGGAAAUGAGGAUCUCUACCGUAUCUCUCCCACUGGUAUCAAGGCCAAUGAGAACCCUGGUACCAACCCUGACGUCCUGGUCGACUACAUCAAGCAGACUCGUGCUGCUAUCAAGGGUACUUGCCUUGAGUCUGUCCCCAUCGGCCACGUCGAUACAUGGACUGCAUAUGCCAAUGCUUCCAACAAUGCUGUCAUUGAGGCCUGUGACUGGCUUGGCAUGGAUGCUUAUCCCUACUUCGAGGAUACCAAGAACAACCCCAUCUCAGAGGGUGCAAACCUCUUUAAGGCUGCCUGGAAUGAGGUCAAGGCUGUUGCUAAGGGCAAGGAGAUAUGGGUCACUGAGACCGGAUGGCCCGUCAGUGGCAAGACAUAUGGCAAGGCCGUUCCCUCUACCAAGAAUGCUCGCACCUUCUACGAGGAUGUCGGUUGCCCUAUGUUUGGAGAUAUCAAUGUCUGGUGGUACACACUCCAGGACUCUGCUCCUCAGACCCCUAACCCCAGCUUUGGCGUCAUUGGUACCGAGUUGACCGAGAAGCCCCUUUACGACCUCAGCUGUGAUGAGAAUAGCAAGAAGGGAACUCUGGUUAGCCGCAGCAACGAUGCGUCUGGCAACGUUGAGCACCGCUUCGUCAGCCCUUCUUUCGCAACUGGUAACUAUACCAAUGGAACUGUGCCUGUCGUGCCUGGCACUCCCACUUCUCUUGUGCCAACUCCCUCUUCUACCUCCGGCAACGGCGGUUCUGCCGCAACUCCUUUGCCCGGCAGCGGUGCUCAGCAGCUCAACUCAAUGGGUGCUGCUGCUGUCGCAUUCCUUCUUGCCGCUGCUCUGUUGUAAGCGGGAAUUUUAUGAUUAAGUUAUGAUUUCUCGGAUAUAGAAUCGGAAUUGGUAAUGGGCAUUGGGACAGGACAUACACAAGGCGCACCUGAGUACAUACAUAUGAGCACAUGAUUUAACAAUGAGUCGACAUGUGUAUACGAUGAGAAUUGAAUAAUAUGAGUUCUAAAAUCUCGAGGCAUCGGUCGAUUGUGACAUUCGAUGAGUAAGUUGAUAGCGAGAAAAGGUGAGGGGAGCUGAGUUUUGUCUAAUGGAGCUCAUAAAGGAAUUAUACCCGACGUAGUUACGGAAAAGAUAUCAAUAUGAGAUGCCCGUCUAUAAAGAGAAGAACAGCUAUUUGACACAAGGAAUACGAUUUAUUUUUUUUGUGGUAUUCUAUGCCUUAUAUCUUACGCAAUAAAAGAGUCAAUCUAGG